UCCUUUGAAAAAUGGCGUCUCGAUUAUCUUCUUCAACCAUUUUCUCACUCUUCUUGGUCUCAUCAGCGUUUCUCUCAAACGCAAACGCGGAAUCCGAACGCGGUUUCACCGUCGACCUCAUCCACCGCGAUUCCCCCAAAUCGCCGUUUUACAAUCCCGCGGAGGCCCCAUCGCAGCGUUUGAGGAACGCGUUACGUAGAUCAGCGGACCGCGCGGUCCAUUUCGCCCGUUCGGAUGGUUUGUCACCAAACACGCCUGUAUCUGAGAUAACGUCAAACCGAGGCGAGUAUCUGAUGAACAUCUCGAUCGGGUCGCCGCCUUUCCCGAUAAUGGCGAUCGCCGACACGGGGAGCGACCUGAUCUGGACGCAGUGCAAACCCUGUGAAGAUUGCUACUCGCAAGACGCUCCUCUCUUCGAUCCAGAACGCUCGUCCACGUACAAAAAGGUUUCUUGCAGCUCAAGGCAAUGCCAAGCCACAGAAAGAACCAGUUGCAUUGGCGGUACUUGCCAAUACUCUAUCUCGUACGGUGACCGGUCUCACUCCAUCGGCCAUAUCGCAGUCGACACCGUCACGCUCGGGUCCACGGACAGCCGCCCCGUGGCUCUUAAAAACACUGUCAUCGGGUGCGGCCACGACAAUGCAGGAACGUUCAACGAGAAGAGUUCAGGGAUCAUCGGACUCGGAGGAGGCUCAGUUUCGCUGAUUAGACAACUCGGCGACUCGAUCGAUGGGAAAUUCUCGUACUGUUUGGUCCCUCUGUCGUCGAAAUCCGACGGGACCAGCAAGAUGAACUUCGGUUCCAAAGCUGUAGUGUCGGGCACUGGAACCGUCUCUACCCCAAUCGUCAAGAAAGAACCGGACACAUUCUACUAUCUGACACUCGAAGCUAUUACCGUGGGAAGCAAGAAACUCGAUUUCGACAGCUCGGGUCUUGGAACCGAAGAAGGUAACAUAAUCAUCGACUCGGGCACAACACUAACGUUGUUGCCGUCCAGUUUUUACUCCGAACUCGAGUCGACUGUUGCAUCGAUGGUGGAUGCGGAGCGAACGUCGGAUCCAGGAAAAUUUUUGAGUCUGUGCUACCAAUUGAGUUCCGAUCUCAAAGUUCCGACAAUCACAAUGAACUUCAAAGGGGCAGAUGUGAAGCUCGACCCCUCGAAUUACUUCGUGCUGGUCGCAGAAGGCGUCGUUUGCCUCGCCUUCGCCGGAAACGACAACUUUUCUAUCUACGGCAACUUGUCUCAGAUGGACUUCCUUGUCGGAUACGACAGCGUUUCGCAGAAGGUGUCCUUCAAGCCAACCGAUUGUGCUAAGAUGUAAAAGGAGGAGGAGGAAUUAUCUGUCAUAUGAUGCUUUCAUCUCUUUUCUUGUGGGUUCGUUUUCUUGAUUGUUCGUUCAUAUGUAUUUGGCUUGAUUUUCAGUAAUAAAAUUUAUAUUAUAAGUA